AUGCAGGCAACAACUGCCAAGUCUGUACUACUGCCCACCCUAUAUCCACCUACUCUAGUCAAAAAUGCUGCUGUAAAAAGGAAAAUUGCAGCUGUGAAGAAAACAGUUGAAGCACCUCCACAGGAUAGCCAAGAAGAUAUUCAGAAGUUGCAUAGCAAAUUGUUCAAGAAGAAUGAAAAACAGAAAGAACCCGUAGUAGAGACUACAACUUCACAAAAGCUGCUCAUCUUCAAAAAACCAACGCCUAUGGAAUCCGAAGUGGCGACGAAACUUACGGAGCUCACAAAGUAUCUACCCAAGGCUGCAAAGGAUGACCUCAAGAUGUUACGCGAGAUACCAGAUCUGGAAGGAUUAACACGCGGCAUGGACCUCAAAUCCGAAGUGGCGACCAAACUCACAGAGCUCACCAAGUAUCUACCCACGGGUGCAAAGGAUGAUCUUAAGAUGUUACGAGAGAUACCAGAUCUGGAAGGACUAACACGCGGCAUGGACCUCAGUCUAGUCUCAAAACCAGGAGGUUUCGCAAAGCUGAAGAAGCAAUUUGUGAACAGACUUAUGCGAAGAACAAUGGGACUUCCGUUCGACGACAGCAGUGUAACUCCACUGCCACCGGCUAUUGUUCCUAUAAAAGUCACUCACAAAAUGAUGCGUGAACGAUCAAGGAAAGUUGCUCGGAGGAUAGUCACUGUUUCUCUUCAAGUGGUAUAA